CUUUUGAAAACCAAAAUCUGAAAAUAAAAUUAUUAGUAUAAUUAUGUGUUCAUGUAAUUCCUGAAGUCUCAACUACCAUCUCUCUCUCCUUCCAUUUUCCCCCCCAAAAUCUCAUCAUUCUCCCGCACCUGCCCAUAUGAACUCGAAUGCUAUGGUGAUCGUCCUGAUGGGCGUCUGCGGUUCUGCAAAAUCUUGUGCGUGUGUGUGUGUGGAAAGCAGGACAAUCGAUGAGAUGCUUGGCAAAGCCUUGGAUUUCACUUUUCUUGAUGCUGAUUAUUUUCACCCAGUCUCUAACAAAGGAACGAAAACUAACAUUUUGCCAAUAUCAAAAGGAAUCCCUCUAUGGGACAAAGAUCCAAUGCCAUGGCUUGGGAAGAUUCGAGAUACAUUGAGAGAGAGCAUAGCAUGUUAAAAGUAGUGUAGUUCUUGGUUGUUCAGCUCUACAGAAACACUAUAGAGAGAAUUUGAGAUCAAGUGAUCCAAAUUAUGAAAAAAUGGGAAUAACAAUGAAGUGUGUGGUGAAGUUUGUUGUAUUGGAUGCUCCAGCUGAAGUGAUGGCUUUAAGAUUAGAUAUAACUUAGUGCACCUGCCCCAUUUGCUUUAGUUUUGUCUUCCUCAGAUGAUACCAGUAAAUUUGCUAGCUGAAGUAUUGAUCCUCCUGAACUCUCCAUAUAACGUAUCAUCAUGGUGUAUAUGCAGCAUUUCCAAUCUGAUAUAAGAUAUAACCAACUACAUCAGAUUUCACAGCAAGUACAAAAAAGGGAUUAGUGACUGAACAAUAAUCAAUCGCACAGUUCCAGUAGUAAUGAUGAUGACGGCGACUGUACUUUUCGACACAAUUUAAUUCUCAAACACAAACCACAAAAUAUAGUAGAUAUAACUUCAAUACAAACCUCCAACUAAUGAAUUUGAAACCUUUCAACCCAAGAUUUGAAAAAGGAAAAAAAAACUUAACAGCUAAAUAAGUUAAAAAACUUGAACAUGAUUUGUAAUUAGAGGUAGUUUUGGAAUUUUAAAAUAAAUUAUCAUAGAUCAAAUCUGAACUACAAUGAUUUUACUUGUUUUCAAGAUUUUUCUAUAAUUGCAUAGAUAUUAAUAUAUAAAAAACAUUUGCUAUUUUAAUGAAAUUUCUUAUAUUAUAAUAUUAAAAGAAAAGAUAAAUUUAUAAAUUAAAAAUAUAUUAUAUUUAUUAAUUUUUAGUUAAAAAAAUCCUGAAUUGUAAGUAAAGAGUCCAUUGACGUGUUGCCUUAGUCCAACACUUUCAAAUUCAAAAUUCACGCUCUUAACGGUCACAUUUCUCUAUGAUCAUCUCCCACUUCUCGACUUCAUUGAAUCUCUAAUUCAUUUCCUGUGGCAGCAUCAAAAUUUCUUCAACCCAAACAAAAAUUUUAUUUUCCUAUUGCCAUGGAUUUCCGUAGUUUGUCAAGGACAGAGCUCCAAGCGACCCCCUUUGUAAGAGGAAUAAGAUUCCGGCCAAUAUCACUAAUGUUGCCAUGGCCGACUCUUUUGCCGUUCUUCAAUCCCUGAGUCAUCUUUCCUGUUUUGUUGAUCAUCUGUUGAUUUUGGAUUGUUUGUUCAAGAUUUGCUUUUUAGAACCUUGGCUCUUGUUGAGAAUCUCAAUCGUUUUUUCUGUUUAUUGAUGUUGUAAUUUAAUCAUGUGAUUUUGGGAAUUUUGAAGCAUAUAAUAUAAUUCUCUUGUGUUGUGAAG